UUGCUGUAAUUAUGGAAGUAAGCAAUUUAAGUGUUAAUUGCGGUAGCAUUUCUAGUCGGCGAGCCAUUGAAAUGUUCACACUCUGUGGAGGAGCAGGACAGAGAGGACCACCAUGCAGGCCGCCCUCGUCAUCUUGGCUGUAGCCUGGACUUUGAGAGCUCAUGCGUUUGAGGAGUUACCCGCCAUUGAGGUCGACGAAGCCAGCGGAAUUACUUUGGAUGAAUCAGGGAAAGAAUUCCCUUUUGUACCUGAUCACGUGGUUGCAGAAGGCUUGACAGUACAGAAUACCCAGUUCAUGUCCACGGUGAUGAUGUUCUUAGAGCGGAUGAGCAACGAAAUGUCUCUCCUCAAAGAACAAGCCGUUAAAGACAGAGAAAUCAUCGCAAACCUGUCUUCGUCCGUCCAGGUCCUGACGCAGAAGGUCGCCAGCCUCGAUGUGGAAGUCGAGGUCAUGGCAGAGUUGGUGACAGAGUACAGGAACAUCAACAACAGACUGUCGAUGCUGGAAAGAUACGCAGGGAAGAUUGCGAAUGAAGACAAAGUUCAGGGAUCCGGGGAUCUGGGAUCCGAGCUAGACCCGAUUUUCCCUACCGAAGACCCAAAGGUGGAUGGAGAACCGCUUUACGAGACAAUUACCGAAGGAGAGAGUCGAGAAGGAAGUAGAGAAGGCAUCGGAGAAAAGACUCGGGAAGGAAGUGGAGAACACAUCGGAGAAGAGAGUGCGGACGGAAGUGAACACGAUGGUGAGCCUACGUUGAGGAUAGAGGACUUCCCAGAAGAGCUUAGAAAAUGGAUUUGCAUUACUGGAGAAUGUGGUGAUGACAUCUCAGAGGAAAGUCAGGAAGGAAGUGGAGAAGAUGGAGAAAAGCCGAUACUAGAGUUUGAUGCCAUCACCCGGGGUAGCAGCCUCAUAACCUCCCUCGUUAUCACGAAGAACAGAAAAAUCGUCAUGGUCGACUUCGCACAGAAAAAGGUCAGGGUCGCCUCGUUAGAUGCCCCGACGAAAGUAGGGGCCGGGCUUUCCUUGGACCAAACCCCGUGGUCUCUGGCCCUACUGGACGAUGGACUGGUGGCCGUAUCCACGGAAGAUAAGCACGUGAUGUACAUCGUCAAUAUUUCCACGCCGGAACCAACCCUGGUGUCAAGGGUGAGAACUAAACGAGCCUACCGCGGGAUUGCUCCUGGUCCCGGGGACAUGCUGGUGGUAAGUUCCCCAAAGGACCCUCAAAACUCCUCUCCGGCAACCGUCGACGUCAUCUCACGUGACGGCCACGUGACCUGGUCGGUCUCCGAUCGGAGAAUGGACAAACCUUUCUUCGUCACUAGCUUCAGGGAUGAGUUCUACGUGUCGGACUGGGGUAGCCACACCGUGUACAUCCUGACACUACACAGUGGAAGCGUGAAGACCAUGUUCAACAACCUGGAUCUGUCCCACCUGGAGAUGUACCAGCCGCGGGUGGUUGCCUUCGACGAGGCCGGCAACAUGUACGUGGCUUCCGGUGGACGCGUCUGCGCUGAAAGCUACCACGACGAUGGCUGGUGCGUGCUAGUCAUCACACGAACUGGACACUGGAAGAACCUCAUCAACUUCAACGGUAGCUACGACACCAAGUGGCCCUACGGGAUCUCUCUGACUCCCACAGGGAUCCUCGUCUCUUGGGGCAGUUGGAGGAAUGGAGGCUGGCAAUCCGAGCUGACUGCCUACUCAUUGCCCUCGUCCAUAAAGCAGCAGAUUGGUCAGCUGCGUGGGGGGCAUUAUUAAUUUUAUCUCUUUUUCAAAAGAUUUUCUUUAGAACUACAGAAAUAGCAUUUUAGCAGAGAACCAUCUGGAAUCUUCUGUAUUAGCAGGUCGGAUGCGCUUUUUCACCUGAUUCAGAUGUGCGGUCAUGGCUCCUGUGCCCUUGUAAUUACUAAUAUUAAUUAUACAGUUUAACACAUACCCCUCUUCAACACUCCUUUUAGCUAAUAAUUUAUCGAUGAUUUAAUGUUUCAUUAAAUGUAGUAUGUGCGGCAGUCAGCGCGGGUGGACUCAACGAUUUAAACUUUCCUGUUUUUUUGUUUGUUUGUUUUGGUUGUAAAUAAAGCUUGUUAUCGUUCUUCAAUGAGGUGCAUCCUGGGGCAAAUAAAUGCGCACAUAAAAUAGUGCAAAAACAG